GUAGCUUUCACGUUAGUAUUAUUUACAGUGUCGCAGUUUUUCUACUACCCCACAGUUUGGAACUAUAAGGCAGUCACAAGCACCUCUAAUUAAGUCUCACCCUGACAGAAGUUUGGACUAUACCAUUUCCUUAAAGAUGCACUGAAGUCUUUCUUGCAUCCAUUUUCUGUGCAGGCAUCACUGCCUAGGCUUCCUGCACCUCCUGGUUUGCAUCUAGCAACUGCUGCCUGCCAUCUUCUGGCAGCAAAUUGUCAGCUGGCCAAGUGUUGAGUGUGAUCAGGAACCAGGAACACAAGGACAUUGGUAUCAGGAGCACAGCCAGGAUCCAGCACAGCACCAGCACCAAUGGCAUCCCCGCUGCUGGUGCUGGCUGCCACUUGUGGACGCGGCCUGCGAGCACAGCACCAGCUGGUGCGUGCCCUGGUGACGUCGCGCCGGCUGGUGCACCGGGCCGCUGCCAGGGGCGCCACCAAGGACCGGCCGCCGGCCGAUUUUGACAGCUUCGGCACAUGGGACUCUCGGUGGGAGCUUCCGCUGGCGCUCGGCUCCAGCAUCAAGCACGGCAAGCCGAUUCCACGCAUCGACGCGCCGGCCGUGGGCAUCUCGAGUCUGCAGGGAAAGCGUCGCUACCAGGAGGACCGCUGCGUGGCGGCGGACGUGGCUCCGGACCUCCUGUUGACCGCCAUCUUGGACGGUCACGGCGGGGCCGAGUGUAGCCAGUUCUGCUCACAGCACCUCGUGCCCAUCGUGCAGGAGCAGAUCGCUGCGGGAGAGAGGAACCUCAUGGCCAUCCUGCACGGGACCUUCCCCGCGCUCAACCGGCAGUUCGCUGCGGAGUGGCAGAGGGGCCACGGGGCCGCCGACAGUCCCGGCACUACAGCUACUGUCUGCCUGCUGCGCGCGGGCGCCGAGCUGGUGAUCGGCCACGUCGGUGACAGCAGAGCCAUCCUGUGCCGGGAUGGGGAAGCUCGGAAGCUCACUACAGACCACUCGGCGGCGCUGGUUGCGGAAAAGCGGCGGGUGGAGCAGUCUGGCGGCUCGGUGGUGGUGGACGAGCUGGGGCGUCACAUGGUGAACGGCCGGUUGGCCAUGACCCGCAGCAUCGGUGACCUCCACCUGAAGCGGGCCGGCGUCACCGCCUUCCCCGACACGCGCUCACUCGAGGUCAAACACGGUCGCGAUGUAUUCCUGGUGCUGACCUCUGACGGCAUCAACCACGUGAUGACGGACCAGGAGAUCUGUGACGUCAUCAACGCCAGCCGCACGCCGUCCGAGGGCGCGGCGCUGCUCACCGACCAGGCGCUGUCGUACUCGUCUGACGACAACAUCUCCUGCGUGGUGGUGCCGUUCGGCUCCUGGGGCAAGUUCACCGACCGCACCAGCAUUUUCAUCAGUUUCGGCAAGACCAUGUCGGGCAGCAGUCGUUUCAGCUAGGCCACCGGCAAGGGGGGAGAGCGGGACGGCGGCAUGGCGUGGACAUGGUCCGAAAUAGAGAGCUUGGACGGUGGAAGUGACGCGUCGUCAAAAGAACGCGUCAGAGCUUCGGCACGCCGAAUGGGUUGUUCAUGCGGUGGCGAUGCGUUUUAUUGGUCGUGAGAAUCGGAUUCAGGCUUCGCCACGCUGAUCGGUCGAGGACAUGCGAGGGCGACCUGUCGCGGGUGUUUGUGUGAUGGCACCGAGGCUGUGGUGUCUGCGAAGUGGAUAUGUCUCUCGUCCACUGUACCAGGUGAGCCAGUGAGAAUGGACAAGUGAUGACGUGGGAUUAAGUGUGUUAUUUGAUUGGAGCUGGGUGAAGCCAGCGUGACAAGCGCCGUUCAGCCAUUGAGAACGCCGAGCAUGGCGGACGUGUGGGCGGGCUGCAGUAAUAGAUAGCUGGCUCUCAUUGUGAGCUUAAGUUUUGUCACAGCUGACGUUACAGAAACCACUUCCAGAAUCUCAUCUCGUUAGCUCUGGAGAGGGGGAAGGGGUGUACUACCAGAAUUCGUGGACCUGCGUGGAUGUUGUACGGUCUGUUUGUGAUGUAUAUUUGGUUGAAGUAGUUUUCACCAUUUCUUAUGAGUUAGAAACGCUUAAGGUCCGUGCAAGCAGUGUGAGGCGACUGAGAAACUCCUAGUCAUAAACCUGCUCCGGCCAUAUCCAUUAAGCUGCCGGUCAGCUGCGGUUUUCACCAACAUGCCUGCCGUCGAAGUGUGCAAAACCACGUGCUCCUUUGUAGCCAGACACAGCCUGUGCAGCGUUACCUAUCAAAUGUUGCUUUUCGUCGCGGAACUUAGCCACGGUCCGGGUGUGUCUUUUGCGCGGCGUCGACCCUUUGCGCGGUGAGAGGCCUGUCCCGGUCACGUGAUGCCAACGGAACUAUCGUGCAUUGGGGAGACAUGUGUUUGCCAAUGUACUGUAGCCUCCAGGACAGGGUGAUGUUCUGUUGUUUCCCUUGCAUGCUGCUCACAUGUCAUGAUGAUGGCGACGUUGAUGAUGGUGGUGGUGAUGACCAUGACGAGGGUGAUAAGGUGAUGACCAUGACAAGACUGAUGGUCAUGACGGUGGUGAUGAUCAACCGAUGCUACUGAUGGCGGAACAUCAUGUAUUUAUGUGUUCGGGGCAUUCUGAAGUUAUACGAUAGAUAUGCGACAAACGUGGGGGCCGUGGCAUACCAUGGCAGUGAUGUGCUGUAAACUUGUGGAUUUUCGAUGGCCGUGUUUCUCCAGUUUGCUCCAAAACGCUGUCAUACACGCAAUACGUCAUGCGGGUAUAUUGCUGCUAUGUAGACGAAGCGAGACAUGUUCCGCGUAUGCACGGUAAUAUGGUAUGGAGCGGCCGGCCAGCUGAUUUCACUUCAAACCAUUCUGCUGCGCGUUGUCACCUUGGGACGGGGCGAUUGUCCGGUCCCACCGCCGCCGUCCCACCGCCGGUCCCACCGCCGGGCCGUGGGUCCUAUUUCGCCGCGGGCGAUUGUCCGGUCCCACCGCCGGGCCGUGGGUCCUAUUUCGCCGCGGGCGAUGUGGAUGUCUCCUUCAGUCUUCGGAGUUAAGCAUUGCGUCGGCGGUGUUGCAUGGAAAAAGUGUCCCGCGAAACCUCGAUGUUCGAAGCGUCAACUGGCGAUGGAUAUGUUUUACUGUGCGACGUGCUUGUGUGUCAAGUGCUGCCGGUUCUUUUUUCAGUCUUCUUAAGAACUAAAUCUUAGAUCAGGUGAUUUAUUGAAAUGUGGUUAAGAAAUUGGUGAACAUAGCUGGAAAUGCCGUAGAAAUUUACACUGAAAGGCAUUUAGUUAUAUAAAAUGCACUUUAGAGUAAUGUUUACCGAGUUAUGGCAGACUUCCUUGAGCUAUUCGAAAGUUACCUCUUUGCAGUGUGGUUCCCAAUACAGCUGCGAUAUGUUGCGUGGCGUUGGCCUGGACGCCGUGUAAUAAAAGGCGAGC